GUCUGGCUUCUUCUCGGCCCCGCACGGGUGUGGCUCCCAAGGACCCAGAGAGCGUGGGGAAGUGGAGUGGGGGCCCUAGGGGUGGGCGUCCAGGCUUGGUUGUCCAGGACCUUGAAGCAGCCCACCUUCUCUGUGCUCUCUCUUCACCUUGGCUGCAGUCCUCGGGCUAAGACUAGACAGCAGGGGGCCCCAGGCCCCAGACUGUCCCCCACCCCCCACCUAGAGCCAGGGAGUGGCUGAUGGAAGGGGAAGGCCCCUUGGAAAACAAACAGGUCGUCAGAAGGCUGAGUGACUGGAGCCCAUGUACUUACCCAGGAAUGAUUGGGGAGGAGGAAGAGGAAAAAGAAGGAGGCCAGGCCGUCAGUACCACCACGUCUCCAGCCACCAGCUCCGACCAUGAAGUCACCUCGGCCCCGGCCAUCAGCCCUGUGUCUGGCUCAGCCACCAGCUCUGUCCACGAAGUCACCUCGGCCCUGACCACCAGCCCUGCGUCAGGCUCGGCCACCAGCCCCGUCCAUGAAGUCACCUCAGCCCCGGCCACCAGCCCAGUCCAUGAAGUCACCUCGGUCCCGGCCACCAGCCCUGUGUCAGGCUCGGCUACCAGCCCCGUCCACGAAGUCACCUCUGCUCCAGCCACCAGCCCUGUGUCAGGCUCGGCCACCAACCCCGUCCACGAAGUCACCUCAGCCCCAGCCACCAGCCCUGCAUCAGGCUCAGCCACCAGCCCCGUCCACGAAGUCACCUCUGCUCCGGCCACCAGCCCUGUCCAUGAAGUCACCUCAGCCCCAGCCACCAGCCCUGCAUCAGGCUCAGCCACCAGCCCCGUCCACGAAGUCACCUCUGCUCCGGCCACCAGCCCCGUCCACGAAGUCACCUCAGCCCCAGCCACCAGCCCUGCGUCAGGCUCAGCCACCAGCCCCGCGUCAGGCUCAGCCACCAGCCCCACGUCAGGCUCAGCCACCAGCCCCGUCCACGAAGUCACCUCUGCUCCGGCCACCAGCCCCGUCCACGAAGUCACCUCAGCCCCAGCCACCAGCCCUGCGUCAGGCUCAGCCACCAGCCCCGUCCACGAAGUCACCUCUGCUCCGGCCACCAGCCCUGUUCACGAAGUCACCUCGGCCCUGACCACCAGCCCUGUGUCAGGCUCGGCCACCAGCCCCGUCCACGAAGUCACCUCUGCUCCAGCCACCAGCCCUGUCCAUGAAGUCACCUCGGCCCUGACCACCAGCCCUGUGUCAGGCUCGGCUACCAGCCCAGUCCAUGAAGUCACCUCAGCCCCGGCCACCAGCCCUGCGUCAGGCUCAGCCACCAGCCCCGUCCACGAAGUCACCUCUGCCCUGACCACCAGCCCCAUCCACGAAGUCACCUCUGCCCUGGCCACCAGCUCUACGUUAGUCUCAAACACCAGCCCCAUGUCGGUCUCAGCCACCUCCCCUGUCCACGAAGUCACCUCAGCUUCAGCCACCAGCCCCAUGUCGGUCUCAGAUACCAGCCCCAUCCACAAUGUCACCUCGGCCCCGGCCACCAGCCCCACGUCAGUCUCGGCCACCUCCCCCAUCCACAGUGUCACCUCGGCCCCGGCCACCAGCCCCACGUCAGUCUCGGCCACCAGCCCCACGUCGGUCUCGGCCACCAGCCCCAUCCGCGAUGUCACCUCAGCUUCAGCCACCAGCCCCACGUUGGUCUCGGCCACCAGCCCCGUCCACGAUGUCACCUCGGCCUCGGCUACCACCAUGCCAGUUGGCACUCUGAGCACACCAACUUCGGUUCCCAGCCAGCACACUGGCACUCCCACCGCCCUUCCCAGUCCCAGCCACAGCACGGGGCCUCCUGUCACCACCUCCACUCAGAGCAGUGCUCCCCAGGUGUCUGCUGGUUUGUCUUUCUUCUUCCUGUCUUUUUACAUCACCAACCUGCAGUUCAAUUCUUCCCUGGAGGAUCCAAGCAGCAACUACUACCAAGAGCUGCAGAAGAACGUUUCGGCACUGAUUUCGCAGAUCUAUGGACAGAACUUCCUGGGCCUCUCUGGAAUCCGGUUCAGGCCAGGGUCCGUGGUGGUGGACUUGAUUCUGGCUUUCCAGGAGAGCAGCACCAAUGAAUUCACGGUGUACUCAGAGUUUGUUCGGAAUAUACCGCAAGCAGCCAGGUACAACCUGAACAUUUCAAGAGUCACAGUGCGUGAUGUUCUGUCUCCCUCCUCUGCCCAGUCUGGAGUUCCAGGCUGGGGGAUCGCCCUGCUCGUGCUGGUGUGUGUCCUGCUUGCGCUGGCCAUCAUCUAUUUCAUAGCCCUGGCCGUGUGUCAGUGCCGACGUAAGAACUACGGGCAGCUGGAUCUCUUCCCGACCCGGGACACCUACCACCCCAUGAGUGAGUACCCCACCUACCACACCCACGGCCGCUAUGUGCCCCCUGGCAGCACCAGACGGAGCCCAUAUGAGGAGGUUUCUGCGGGCAACGGUGGUAGCAGCCUUUCUUACACGAACCCAGCAGUGGCAGCCACUUCUGCCAACUUGUAGGGACAUGCCAUUCGCCGAGGGCCAGCGGGUGCCAGCCCGUGCCAGCCCCUCCCUCAGAAUCCUCCCUUCCAGAGCCCCUGCACUCUGAUCUGCGCUGGGAGCCGCCGUCCAGGUGGGCUGCCCACCGCUGGCCCUCCAUCAUCUCCACCUAGUGACGCUUGUCCCUGCCCCUGGGGGACAGGCCUGGGUGGGGAGGGAGGGUGGCUCUCAUAAGGACUGGCUUGGAAAUCCUGGAUG